GGCAACGUGGUUCGAUCUCGUUUCCGUCUUCUGUCCUUCACACUGUUUGGUAGCUUUGCUUCAGGUAAAAACUCAAAGGUGUUAAAAAUGGCCAAACUGAGCAAAGAGACAAAACAACGGCUGCAGCAGGUCUUCCAGUGCGGGCAGUUUAUUAUUCGGUGGGGUUUUAUCCCCACUGUUCUGUACCUAGGAUUCAAACGUGGAGCUGAUCCUGGAAUGCCAGAACCCACAGUUCUAAGUUUACUUUGGGGAUGAAGAAGCGACGAUGAAGCGUUCCUCCAGAAGACCAAACCGUCUCUCCAUCCCUCACCAAGCAGCCGAGGUGUUUACCCAUCAUCUCAGAGUGGACACUAAGCCUGCGUGCGUCCAUGAUCUCUGUUCCAGCACUAUGUCCCUUUUCCCUCUUCUCCAUCACAACGUUUUUUAACAUGUCUGGACUGUGUGAUUUAGAGUAUUUUGUUGUUUAUAACUUAUUCCCUUCAUUCAUUUCCUGCCCAACACAUCGUUUCAUUGUUUGCACCACACGGUGUGAGAAUAAAUGACAAAAUUACAGAAA